AUGGGCUCCAACGCUGGUCCUUCCGAUGCGGGACCAUUGGCCAAGUUCCGCCUUGCCAUCUGCGGUGGCGGCAUCGGCGGCUUUACUCUUGCGUCGGUGCUCGCCCGCCAUGCGCACCCUGAUUCACCAAUCGAGGUCCACGUCUACGAGGCCGCGCAAAAGAUCUCCACUAUUGGAGCCGGACUCCUCAUCUGGCCGCGGACGUGGCACCUCAUUGAUCUGCUUGGUCUUGAGGUGGAGACGGCAAGGAUCUCAACGGAGCCACCCUCGGAGGUCCCUAAACCGGGAUUCUUGUACAGGCUAUCUGACAGACAGAGGGAGCCGUAUACCUUCUAUGAGCUGAUGCUGCCUCGUGCUACGACGCUGCAUCGAGCUGAUCUGCUAGAUGUUCUCCGUUACAGCCUUCCCACGUCGUACACUAUCCACACCGCGAAGAGGCUUGUGUGCUACGCCGAGACUCAGGACUCGACAGGAAAGCCCAUCUUGACACUCUACUUCACGGAUGGUACCACUGCGGAGACGGACGUCCUCGUUGGCGCCGACGGCCUUAAGUCCGCGACGCGUGGGUGUAUGUACACGCUCGCACAUGAACAUGACUGCACACCGUGUACGGACGUGCUGACUUGUCCCAGGUGCGCGGUCGUAACCCCACAGUGGAGCGGAAUGAUCAUCUGGCGGUGUCUAAUCCCUGAGGAGCGUCUGCGGUCGGUAAAUCCCGCACACCGUGCAUUGAAGUUCACCUUGUCUUAUUGCGGGAAGAAUAAACACGUCGUCGCGUACCCGAUUUCCAACGGUCGCAUAGUCAAUUUCAUCGCAUUCUACACCCAGCCAGAACUCGAAGGCACGCCGUACCCUGAUAAAUCUGGCGAACCAGCUGCGAAAGAGGAGGUCUUGGCACAUUUCGUUGGCUGGGAGCGUGAAGUGCUGGAGCUCCUCGAGUGCACAGAAAACCUGACAAAGUGGGCCAUAAACUGCAUGGGCGCACUGCCAUUCUCUGUCUCUAGGAGAGUGGCACUGAUGGGCGACGCGGCGCAUGCGAAACAGACCCAUCAAGGGGCUGGCGCUGGACAAGCUAUGGAGGAUGGCUACGUGCUCGGACGACUCCUAACACACCCUUCGACAACGCUCGCACGGGUCCCUGCUGUCUUCCAACUGUUUCAGAAAACGCGGCUGCACUUCACGCAGGACGCUGCGCAGGUCUCGCGACUCACAGGGAGGAUGGUCGAGUUCAAUGCGGAGGGUUUCUACGAUGGGAGCGAUGUUCCGGAUGAGAAAGCUCAACUCGCCGCGCUCGGUCGCGGGAUACGCGAGCUUUGGAACUGGCAGGUUGACGGGAAUGUGGACACGCUAUGGGAGAGGGCAGAAGCAGGUUUGGCCCACUUGGCAGGCGACGAGAAUGGGUUUCACUGA